AUGUCCGGCCAGGACGAUACCGCGCGGGCACAAGCUCUCCAGGAACUCCACCAAUUGACUGGUUACUCGGAGGAAAGGUGCAUCGGCCUCCUUGAAGCUGCCGACUGGGACUUUGGCCAGGCCGCCCAAGCCUUCUACCUCGACCAAGACCGUGAAGACGAGCCGUCCAACGCACCCUCAGUCCCUGACAACUACACGGGCCCGCGGACCCUCGAUGGACGUCCCGCUCCCGAGUCCCAGCGUCGUGCGCCCGCUCCUGCCAAGAAGACACAGAAGAGGAAGGGUGUUGCAACCCUGGGGUCUUUGGGCGGCGGAGCACAGCAUGAUGACGAUGAUGAUGACGACGAUACGGAUGAUGUCGAUGAAGGCCGUAACCCGCGUGAUUUAUUUGCUGGCGGCGAGAAGUCAGGCCUUGCUGUUCAAGACCCCACGAAUCAGGGCGACGGGGGACCAAUGAAGAUCAUCAACGAUAUUCUAGCCAAGGCGAAGGCGAACGCUGCCAAAUCAGGCUCGAAUUCUGAGGCAGCUGCCGGUCCUUCUCGCGCCCCCAAUACGUUCCGUGGAGCCGGUCGCUCGCUUGGCGGUGACGGUGUCGAGAGCCGUACUAUCCCCGAUCCCAAUGCUGCUGAGGACAACGAUGCUUCGAACGACGAGCCGCAAGAGCGCUCUCUCCAUCUCUGGCGUGAUGGGUUCAGUAUCGAUGAUGGUGAGCUGCACCGCUUUGACGACCCUGCCAACGCGGCCGACCUUGCGCAGAUCCGCGCCGGUCGUGCUCCACUCCAUCUCAUGAACGUUCGAUAUGAUCAGCCUGUCGAUGUCAAGCUCCACCAACACGAAGAGAACUACCGCCGUCUUCCUCAGACUUACAAGCCUUUCGGUGGAGCCGGUCAGCGGCUUGGCAGUGAAGUACCCGGCGACGGCAACGCAUCUGCUGCUGCGGCUGCUGCUCCAGCUCCUGCCGCUACUGCCUCGACACCAUCAACACCCUCGACAACCGUCGAUGAGAGUCUCCCGACUCUAACGUUGCGCAUACAGUUGCCUGACGGCAGCAGGCUCCCCGCCCGGUUCAACACGACCCAGACUCUCGGCGAUGUCUACGGCUUCGUUUCACGUGCUUCCACAGACGUCGCAGCACGGCCCUGGGUUCUGGCCACAACAUUCCCCAACAAGGAGCACACGGACCGUAGUCUGGUCCUGGGCGAAAUGCCCGAGUUUAAGAAAGGCGGCACAGCUGUCGUCAAGUGGGCUUAA